UAGAGACAAACCCAGGAUCGGGUCGGUUUAUACCCAAAAUUGAUGGGUUGAUCAUCGGAUCCCGGGUCAGAUAUCGGGUUGAUAGCAAUAAUCAGUCACAUCUUCUCUAGCUUCCGUCGGCUUCAGUUUACUGAAUAGCUACCAAAACCUUAUAAUUAUAACUCAAUAAGCAAUUUGUGAACAAAUGACAAUUUGCUAGGAUUUGCGUUUCUAUGAAACGAAAACGGCACCGCUGUACUGCAAUAUGUUUGACGGGGGCGACGGCGGCGGUGGCAGUGAGGACGUCAGUUUCGGAUAACAUAUAGUUAUAAUUUGUGCUUUUCUGAACAAGACUGGAAAGGGAUAAGAAUAUUGUUAGCAAUGCUGCGUGGAAGCUCGUUUGCUCCCUCUUUAAAUAGAGCCUCUCCUCUAUUCUCAUUUUUUACCAAAAUUCCAUUCUUUUCAAGUUUUCAAAAUAAUUUCCAUUCAAUCCGUCGUCCUUUUCUCCAUUACCAUUAUUAUGUAUUUCCCAAACCUGUUUGUAAUAUUCAAGCCUCCCGUUUUUGUAUGGAGAGAAGAGUCCAAUUUUGCAGCUCUGCACUUUCUGCAAAGCCGCAGAUUCACGAGUCCUCUGCUCUGGCUGCAAAAAAAGUUUCCAACAAGGCAAAGAAGAAAGCACGCCAAGAAUCACCUGAGGGAGUACUCAGAUCGAAGAUAGAUAAUUGCUCAAAGCAUGGUAAUCUUGUUGAAGCUCUUCGCUUGUAUGAUGAGGCACGAAUUAAUGGGGUACAGCUUAACCAACACCACUACAAUGUGUUGCUCUAUUUGUGCUCUUCUGGUUCUUCGGUUGAAUUGGGUGGAAAUGGGGCCAAUGAAAAAGCCUCUAAUAUGCAGUUCAAAAGGGGUUUUGAGAUCUUUCAACAGAUGGUUAUUGAUAAAGUUCCUCCAAAUGAAGCUACUUUUACAAAUGCUGCAAGGCUGGCUAUUGCAAUGGAAGACCCCGAGAUGGCCUUUGAUCUGAUUAAGCAGAUGAAAUGUUUUGAUAUCCUGCCAAAACUGCGUUCCUACGGACCGGCCUUAUUUGGAUUUUGUAAGAAGGGGAUGGCUGAUAGAGCUUAUGCAGUUGAUGCACACAUGGCUGAAUCUGGGGUGAUGCCUGAAGAGCCUGAGCUUUCUGCUCUCUUAAAACUUAGUGUUGAUAUAAAGAGAGCAGAUAAGGUGUAUGAAAUGCUGCAUCGAUUGCGAGCUACUGUCAGGCAAGUUACAGAAACAACUAUUGAUAUUAUUGAGGCAUGGUUCAAGUCUGAGGAUGCUUCUAAAAUUGGAGAGGAGAAGUGGGAUGUGAGCAAAGUAAGGGAAGGAGUUGUCAGGGGAGGUGGAGGUUGGCAUGGGCAAGGGUGGUUGGGCAGUGGACAAUGGAGAGUUGUGAGGACUCAAAUUGAUGCGAAGGCUGUUUGUAAUUCUUGUAGUGAGAAACUUGUUUGUAUAGAUAUAGAUCCAAGUGAGACUGAAAACUUUGCUACCUCAUUAACUAACUUGGCUUGCCAAAGAGAGGUUAAAGCUGACUUUGUCCGGUUCCAGGAGUGGCUGCAGAAACAUGGUCCAUUUGAUGCAGUUAUAGAUGGAGCAAAUUUGGGUCUUAUCAACCAAACGAAUUUCAGCUUUCGACAGCUGAAUACCGUGGUUAGUAAGUUACGUCAAAUGAGCCCGUCAAAGAGAUUGCCUCUUAUUAUUUUGCACAGAAGUCGUGUAACUGGAGGUCCAGCUCAGAAUCCUAACAACAUGAAAUUGCUAGAGUUUUGGAAAAAGUCUGGUGCACUUUAUGCUACUCCUACUGGUUCAAAUGAUGAUUGGUACUGGUUAUAUGCAGCUGUUAGCUGUAACUGUUUAUUGGUGACGAAUGAUGAAAUGAGGGACCACCUGUUCCAGUUGUUAGGAACUUCCUUUUUUCCAAGAUGGAAGGAAAAGCAUCAGGUUCGAUUAUCUGUUUCAAGGAGUGGAAUUGCUCUACACAUGCCUCCUCCUUAUUCAAUUGUCAUUCAGGAAUCUGAAAAUGGUAGUUGGCAUGUGCCUACUAUCUCAGAGGAUGAUAUUGAAACACCGAGGCAAUGGUUGUGCGCCAGCAGAACGAGGAACAAAGUAGUACUUUAAACUGUCAUUUUUGGCUGCAUGAACGGGCAUGUAAAUUCAUUGGUGAGAUAGAGAAACUUCUGUAAUCCAAGUACAAAUUUUCAUUUAUUUUAAAAACAUUUAGCAUAAAUAUCAAAAUGUAGCAGAAUUGUCCAUGCUUUGAAGAUUAGAUGAAGAUGAACAAGACUCUAAGAUGAGUCUUCUCCAACUAGGAGAACAUGAGAGUAAAUAGGAAUCCUGAAUAAUCAAAUUAUUCUCCAAAUAACUUGACAUUCAAUUUUUUUUGUCUAGUCAAAGAUUAAGAGGUAUCUUAGAUUUUUCUUUUA